AUGUCUUCCAACACUCAGCCGCUGGUGGAAGGUGGUCACCUACGAUAUCCAGACAGAUAUCCGUCCACAUUCAUCACCACGACACCCCCCAUCAUUCACGAGAACACGCGCAUUCUGGCUGUGACACACCCCAACAUUGCCAAAGCUGAUCCAAUACAUCAAGAUGGCUGGUUCCUUUCCGAUUUCUAUGCCUUCAACUAUAUGUUGAAAGGCCUCGGUUCAUCUCAGAAGUGGUUGACCGCAGCUGAUCCUGUGAAGCUUCUGGAGAAAUAUGGUCCAUUCCUUCAUGGGAAUCCUUACCAAGAUCGUAAGGUCGUGUUGAGUCAAGAAAUGCUCGAUCAAGAUCAACUAUCGCCUGUGACUUUGGUCAAAACCACGGACAUGAUACGUCGCUUCCUUGAAGAGGCUCGAAUCGAGUCGGAAAAGGCUAAAUACAAUAACUCCCCUCUGCUGCUCCUUGUUUUUUGUCAUGGCCUUGAAUCAUUCGAGAUGCUUCUGGACAAUGGCAAUAGGAGCAAGGGCUUGCGUCUUCAACAGCUCAAGGGGGUCCUUGAACCAGGAGUCCAAGUUUGCUUGAUGACAAAUGCCUGUUUUUCAGGAGGUUGGGCUAUCACACCAGACUUGAACCGCACAGCACUUACGGCAGCCAGCGAACUUUCGACAUCCAACGCUUGGCCACCGUCUCACAGUGUCGGCCGCGCAUGUGGCUCUAUUUUUGCCAGCACAGUGUUUGAGACGUUGUGUGGCGUUUCGAGUCCGCUGCUAUCAACAGAAGGAAGCCAGGAUAUGACACAAAGCAUGCAAGAUCUCGAGAUCUCAACAGAUGACCAUCUUCAACCGGAUGAACCGACCGACAUUCAAGUUGAGACAUACAAUGCCUUCUGUAACACAAUACUCGAUGUCUGUGGUAGUCGUGUCACCCGUCUAUGGAAGCAGCAGGAAUUCACUUUCAGUGCGCAAGAUGACCAGUGGGAGUAUUCUUGGACCAACAGAACCGGUGUACCUUUGAUUGCGUUUGAAAAAAGGUGGUCACAACUGCAGGUUAUCCCCUAUGUCGGCCCUGCAGAUACCAAGGCACUCAAGGAUCCUCAUCCAGGAAACCCUUUCUUCUCCGGAGAGACACACUCAUCAAAAACUGGAGGUGUGGCUCAUGAACAAGAAACUCUGGAAGACAUGACGGCAUGCAUCUACCGAGGUCGCGUGAAAGAGAUGGCGCGCAUCUUUCUCAACACUUGUCCAGGAGAUUGGACACAAGCGCAAAACGUCCCACUUGCAUCGUUGUUGCGACACUGGGUGGGAGAUCAAGAGAAAUGUGCCGAAGAGACAUGUGCCGAAAGAGGGUUCGAAGUCAUCAACACGAUUCAGUUUCGUUGGGAGUUCGCUCUCCUCGCAGACCACAUUAUCGCGACAUACAACCUUCCGACGCCGAGCAAUGAGAUUUGCAUCACAUGGGACGAGGAAAAAUGGAACGACACAAUGAGUAGCAAAGUACCGAAACACAAGGAAAAGUUUCGGGAAAUUUGGUUCGCUCUCGUCGCCGGUGGCUUUCUGCUCAUUCCGAGCGAGUCUCAAGGUCCACGUUUCUACCGACCCAUGCGUUAUGUUACGGCAGCUUUGGCUGAGCUUGGAGGAGAUUGGGGUCAUACAAAGACCAAGGUGGACCAGAUCUUGAACUUCAUGGAGAAGACGAAGCAAUUCAACCGAGACCGCAUCUGCCAAGACCAUAGAGUACGAGAGCGCGGCCGUGACUGGUUCAAAUCAAUCGGAAGACGCAUCAGAAGAUCUCUGUCUCCGACCAAAAAAGAUCGCCGAUCUAGCAUAUCAGCGCUCAGUCGAUCAGGAAGUCAACGUAGUUCGCGGUAA